AUGGUGAACCUGCGUUCCGUUCCGGAAGCGCUCCACGAGAAGGCCCGUCGUGAGCUAAAUGAAGUUCCAGAACGCAUCGAGGAGGAUCUGGCCGCACUUCGACAGUGGUUGGCUCGGACGCCUCACAUAAGGGCCCGCAUAGACGAUCAGUUCCUGGUGACGUUUCUGCGUGGCUGCAAGUACAGCUUGGAACGGGCUAAGGAGAAGAUCGACAUGUUCUACACCGUGCGUACGGCCAUUCCAGAAUUGAUGCGGAAUCGAGAUCCGGACACGGCGCGUCUUCGAGAAAUCGUGCGGCUAGGUGUUGGUCUACCGUUGCCUCUGACAGAUGGACCUGAAGCACCGCGUAUUAUGCUCAUCCGGCCGGGCGUUUACGAUCCAAAGAAGUAUACUAUCGAGGAGGUCAUCAAAGUGAGCACGAUGUUCAACGACGUUAUGAUGCUGGAGGACGACAAUAUGGUCAUUGCUGGUCAGGUGGGCAUCCUCGACCUGGCGAACGUGUCGCGGGCCCACUUCCUGCAGUUCACACCGACGUUCGUGAAGAAGAUGACCAUGAUGAGCCAGGAAGGUUCGCCCCUGCGUCAGAAGGGCUUCCACUACAUCAACACACCGACCGGCUUCGAGACGGUGUUCAACAUGUUCAAGACGUUCAUGAGUGAGAAGAACCGCGCGAGGCUAUACGUGCACGGAAGCAACCUGGAGUCGCUCUAUCAGCACAUCCCGAAACGGUUACUGCCGGUUGAGUACGGCGGUGAGGGUGGCUCGCUCCAGGACAUCAACGCCACGUGGGAGAAGAAAAUCCUUGCCUACCGGGAGUACUUCCUUGAAGAGGACCGCUACGGAACGGACGAACGAAAGCGUGUUGGCAGGGCGAAAACGGCCGAGUCGCUGUUUGGAAUGGAGGGCUCCUUUCGCAAGCUCGAAGUGGACUAUCCUUCACUGUGUUACGUGUGUAGAUGUGUGCGCGCGUGUGUGUUUGUGUGUUUGUUCCGGACGCGUUGGAAUGGACAAUCGGGAUGAGGAUUACGUUUACUCAAUGGCUUUAAACGCAAUGGGCGUGUACAUUUGUUUACACAGCAACCCUUAAAGGGCACGUCCUUGGGAAGGAUGACCGCGGAAAUGGCUGUUGAAAGUGGUUAUAUCGGGAAGCUUCCCGUGGUUAGCUUCUUCAGUAGCUCAAGGGUGAUCAGUGGUGGUUUACUUCGCUUGAAAACAUCAUGUACAAAGACCGAAUCGAAUCUGCUCCCCGAAGCGUGAGUGAAAGUUUUGAAUGCAAACUCGCAUAGCGUUAAUUUGGACCCAUUGAAGUAAUUUACUGAUCACAGUCGGUGGAUUAAAAGCUUCCUGAAUUUGUGUGAUUGAGAAAAUAAAGCUGUU